CUCAGACCAGCGUCUUUUUCUCGAUACUAUAGAUAUCUCAAAAGCCUACCAGCAAGUUCAGUACAAAGAAUUCGAUGGAGACCUCCAAGCAGCGAAGCAAUGGGCAAUAUGAUACAGUUUACCCUGCAAAAAUUCGAUACGCUGGAGAUAUUGGAUGUUCGACCGCAUUUAAGUGACUCAACAUCAAAAUAUCUACUGGCCGCUUAUACGGCACUAAGACAACUUCAUGAAAAGAACAUUCGGUGUACCAAGUUUAGAACAUUGAUGCUAGCGAACACUUCCUUUCGACAGGAAAUCAUUAAGAAUGAAAGUGAUAUAACACUGAUGAACAGCUUGCAACAGGAACUGGAAUGGUUAGCCAAUGGAAAACAAGAAAAGGACGAAGUUCAACCGGGUAAAACUCCAGACAAGAAUUUAGUCCAUGAUUUAGCUAUUUGUGAAAUGUGCGAAUCACAAUUUGCACACACGAGCGGAAACAAAACAUGCAUCAUAGAGACGUGCGAUCAUCGGAAGUUUAACGUGUGCUUGUCUUGCACUGAAUAUUGCUCAGCCUGUGAUGCUCAGAUUUGCCCAGAUCAUCCUGAUGAAUACGAUACAAUGGCUGAAGAUUAUUUUUUGGAAGGACGCUGCUAUCAUGGUAACGGGGAGAUGCUUAGGUAUUGUGCUCUGCACGAAGAAACUAACUUGUGCAACAAUUGUGAAUUGGCACAGUGCGAGCAUCAUUUACAAACUUGUGUCAACCGCGACGAAGAAGGACCAUGCCAUUCUGGUUCCAGGACCUGUAUAGACUGCUGCGUUCAAUGCCCACUAUGCAACAACUGGUAUUGCAAAGAUUGUUACGUGUCAGAAAAUCAUGACAUAUAUCAUCGCCAACAUGGAUAUCCUGAUUUAACAGAAUUGGACAACCUAUUUAAGGAAUAACGGUAGCCCACCAGUAGUUCACCAAUGAUCAACAAGAGGUCAAGUACAGUCUGCCCCAAACAGUCAUCUGAGCUGAAGAUAGACAAAAAGGAGGCAGAUUAAUCGUGUAAAAAGUAGACUA